AUGGAUUAUUCUGGAGAAUCUUUAUUUUCAACUAAUUCCAAUGAUGGUGUUCUCUUGGAAAUUGGAAGGAAAUCGAAAGAUGUGGAAGUGAAUAUGCAGAGGGAUUCUGCAACAAAGUCUAGGACUUGUUCUUGGAGAGAAAAGGCACAUCAAAUUGAAAUAGAUUAUAAACGGUCAGCUUGCGAUCGAGAGAGGACUAGAAUGAGGGACAUGAAUCGAGCAUUUGACCUACUCCGGUCAAAACUACCAAUUUCGAAGCCAUCGGGAAAAAAAUAUUCUAAAAUCGAAUGUCUUAGAAUAGCAAUAAGCUACAUAAGACAUUUGCAACAGAUACUAGACAAUAUGGAAGAUACUACGAGUCAGUUUAGAUGUAGAGAAAGUACUAAGGAUGUGGCUUGGCAUUGUGGACAUGUUAUGUUUUAUCAUCACUAA